CGGCUGCCUGAGGUGACGGAGCUCACAUAUGAGUAGUCCGGCGGUAGUGGCGCGUGCCCUGUCAUAAGUGUAACCAUCACGUACCCUUUGAGGCUCCUAAAUACUCUUCACAACGCAUGUGACCAGUUGUUGUGUCGCGUGUAACCUAGAUUGACGCAGCGACGGAGGGGCAGCCUGAGGGACCGAACACCGAUUCCUGGAUAAUGUCUGAGGGCGGCAGUCGGGGCGACGUGGCAAUGAGGGUGAUCGCGAAAGUCCACAGGCCGGGGGUCACGCCGGAGGAGAUGGUGGUCGGCUACAACGAGUGGUCCGAGAACUACGAGGAGAUGAUGAUCUGGAAAGGCGGGUACCGUGGCCCCGCCAUCACGCUGGAGGAGGCGCUGCGUUGGGUACCCCCGGAGCGGCGAGCUAAGGCCAGGGUGCUGGACGUGGCCGCUGGGACGGGCUGCGUGGGCCGCGAACUCCACCGGGAAGGCUUCAGGCACAUAGACGCUGUGGACCCGUCGGAGGGCAUGAUGAAGCAGCGGGAGACUGGCAUCUAUACCAACGACUUCCUGGAGUUUAUCGGCAGCGGACACUCCACCGUGCCCAAAGACACAUACGACUUGGUGGUCACCUCGGGCGGUAUGGGCGAAGGUCACAUCUCACACAGUGGCCUCGACGACGUUGUGCGCGUCGCAAAGAACGGAGGCUUCGUGAUCAUCGUGAUGCGCCAUGAGUUCCUACAGACCGUGCCUUCCUACAAGGACAAGCUGGAGCCUUACAUGGACCAGCUGGAGGCGGACGGGAAGUGGAAGAAGGUGGAGCGGCGCAUCGUCCCAAACUAUUUCUGUGACAAGGAGGGUCUCGUCUUCGUCUUCCGCAUCACUAAGCCUGAGUGAGGAGGAAGAGGAGGGAAGGGAAAGGAGAGAGAUGAAGAGGAGGAGUUAUAGUUGUGCUGUGCCAAGGCUGUCUCUGUGUAACAGCCUUGGCUUUCGUCGCGGCACCCGAGACUGAGGUGUGAAUUAUCGUGCUCUGGCAACCUGGCGUCAUGGCGUCUACGAUGUUAUACGAUAGUCUA